AUGGGCGGAGAUGGAGCGACAGCGAACGCGGAAGUGCAGUACGCCACGGCAAAGAUUUCGGUGUGGUGGGACAUCGAAAACUGCCACGUUCCCAAGGGUUCGGAUCCGCACGUGAUCGCGCAGAACAUCAGCUCCACGCUGGUCCGCAUGAACUACUGUGGCCCCGUCUCCAUCUCCGCCUACGGCGACACCACGCGCAUCCCCGCCUCUGUACAGCACGCGCUCUCCAGCACCGGAAUCUCCCUCAACCACGUCCCCGCCGGCGUGAAAGACGCAAUUGACAAGAAGAUUCUUGUUGAUAUGCUAUUCUGGGCAGUGGACAAUCCCGCACCCGCUAAUUAUUUACUAAUUUCGGGUGAUCGAGAAUUCUCAAAUGCUCUCCAUCAACUUCGGCUGAGGAGAUAUAAUAUUCUUCUUGCGCAACCUCAGAAGGCAUCAGCACCCUUGGUUGCUGCUGCCAAGAGUGUAUGGCUUUGGACUAGCCUUUUAGCUGGAGGACCUCCUCUUUCUAAUGGUGAAUCACAACAACUUGGUAAUGGUGGCCUUAGCCAUGUAUCAUCUUCUGACUCCUUACAAAUUCCGAUUACAAGUGCUGCUCAAAUGCAGCAACUGGUGGAAUCCUAUUCUGAACUUGAUGUAGGAAAUUCAAAAAUCCCAAAUGGAGGAAGGGGAUUCGACUCUAGAUUUCAGGGUAAACCUAAUUGGAGAAACCCGAGUCAAUCAAAUGCACCCAGAGCCAUGAAUCCACCACCACCUGGACUUCAAGAUAAUCGUAAUCGUAAUAAUAUAAACUCUUAUCGACCUGGCAACUUUAAUCCAAAUGUUCCGCUGAGUGGAUCUGCUACAAAUUAUGUUCAUGGCAAUACUGAUCAGUUAUGGAGCAAUAACAGUAAUCUACAGGGCAAUCAUCAAGUUCCUUAUUCCCAGCCAUUAGGACCAAACAACUUCCCAUUGCAACUUCCUUUUGCUCCUAGUAAUUCAUAUACUCCAAAUUCCCAUACUUUUGCAACUUCAAUGGUGCCACCUAGGACUGGUGGUCCCAAUUUCAACUCAGGGUCACAUACCAAAGUGCCAGAUAUUGGUAAUCUGAAUAUUUCUGGAUAUCCUAAUGGUGUUCAUAACCCACCUACUAUUCCACAACGGAAUGGAGAGUUGAAACAGAAUCCUAAUAGUAGUGCCCCACAUCUUUUAAGAUCAAUUGAUGAAAAAAAUGGACAUAUGGUACAUAACAGUUUCACACAACAAUUACAUCAAAGUUAUCAACAUGGUCCAGAAUAUCAACCAACUCCCUCGGCAGCAAUGGGUAAUAAUAACCCUUCUGGUAAUGGUAUGUGGGGUUCUCCAGGAUGUCCUAAACCUUCUGAGUAUGUACAGGGCCUAAUAGGAGUUGUUUUACUUGCCUUAAACUCACUAAAAAAUGCCAAGAUGAUGCCAACUGAGGCAAAUAUAACUGAUUGCAUCCGGUUUGGAGAUCCCAAGCACCGCAAUACUGAUGUUAAGAAGGCUCUUGAAAGUGCUAUUGAACAGAAUAUGGUGGUGAAACAGAAUUUAGGUGCUUUGCCAUUGUAUGUUGGUAAGAAUGAUAAACUUUGGAAAUGCGUUAAUCCUCUAGGUGGUAAUCCUAAGCAGCACUCAAAAGAAACAUGGGAUGAAAUUGAAAAGUUUUUAACAACUCCUGCUGGAAGAUCAGCAAUAAUGGCUACACAGUGCAAGUAUGAAGCAGGUAUUGUGAUUAAGAAUAUGUGCUUUAAAGAUCUCUCUUUGGGUGAUGUUUUUCAGAUAUUGAACAUGUUAAUUACCCAUAAAAAAUGGAUUGCACAUCAUCCAUCUGGUUGGCAACCACUUAACAUUGCUCUUCCUGAGACAAACCCUGGUUUAGGGGUUGGUGAACUGUGGAAUGCGAGUCCUGAAGCUGUUGUUGUAUUGGCUUUUGUUUUCGUUGGUGGUUGCAUGUCUUCGAAAUGCUACAGGAAGUUAAACCACCGGACAGGGAACUCUUAA